CGCUUCCCACUAUUCAAGAAUGUCCUUGUUUUCCGAGUUUUCUUGCCCAACCUUCCAGACUAACGCUCUUGAACCCAUCCCGUUGCAGCAUACGUGGUUGACUCGCCGCUCGUUUCUGCGAACUAGGUAAAAGAAGCAUUGCUUCACUAUCAGGAUCACGUCAAUCUUUGCUACUCGAAUCUGGUUCCUCACAGAUAAGAUAGCAUAGCUCGCUGGCAUGGCCUCCACCAUAGUGACGGAUUAUUAAGGAUAUCACUCACAGGCCGAUCACGCGUAGCAAAAGAAGAGUCUGGCAAGUUAGCCGGCGAGGUAGUUAGCGAUCUACGCUGCCCCUAUUAGUUUCGAACAAAGCGUAUCAUACGCCCACGUACUAUGAUACCACCGCUCGCGGCAUACAACCCGGACUCGUUUUCAUCGUAUUCAGAAGCCUCUCGAACUACUUAUACGUCGUCCCCUUUGGCCAUGACUGGGGCGGCCGUGUUUGAGCAGUCAUCGACGAUAGCUGAAUCCGCGAGGCUGUGCCACGGCGGCAAUCUGUGCUCCCCAGGUACACUGGAAGACGGCGACCUACAGGUCCCCCCUUUCAGUCUCUCCACGGCUUCGGUCCCUUCUGCCGCCUCGUCCGCGGUCGGUUCUCCCCAGUCUCACCACGGUCAUCCAGGGGCAGUCCCGGAUUGGACCCAGCAGAAAGCCACUCCUAGCAUUGUUCCCAACGAAACCUACAACCUUUGCAGCCCAGAAUAUACCUCGUUCGGCCCAGGUAUGGAAGAGUUUGUUUUCGAGCUUACCAACUCUAAGUUGCCCGGCUUCGUCGAUCCAUCUCUGGUGCUCCCGAGCUUCCACGGACCAGUGAAUAUACCCGUAUACGAUAUCCGCCUGCACUCCACCCGCUAUCCCACCUCUCCUUCCGCGUCUUCAUCUCCACAGCAAACCGCUCGCCACGGCAGUCGGUCACCCUUCCUCCACGAAGAGGGUCAGCAAUCAUUCAGCCCCUUUCCGACACCCGUAGAUGGUCGGCCGCAGAGUGUGCUCUCGUUCCCAACAUCAUAUUCAGACAAAAGCACCUACAACAACGACGAGGUCAGGGAGAAGCAGCGAUGUCCCCACCCCGAAUGUGGCAAGAGUUUCAAAGAUCUGAAGGCGCACAUGUUGACUCACCAAAACGAGAGGCCAGAAAAAUGCCCCAUACAAACGUGCGACUACCAUUCGAAAGGCUUUGCGCGGAAAUACGACAAGAAUAGACACACCUUGACCCAUUACAAGGGAACCAUGGUAUGCGGGUUCUGCCCUGGAUCUGGAUCCGCGGCUGAAAAGUCAUUCAAUCGCGCCGAUGUGUUCAAACGGCACCUUACCGCAGUCCACGGGGUAGAGCAGUCGCCACCCAAUAGCCGAAAGAAGUCGUCGGCGCCAAGUGAUGGAAACAAAGCCACCGGUUAUCCGCCUGACGCGACCGGCAAGUGCUCCACGUGCUCGCAAAUUUUCUCCAACGCACAAGACUUUUACGAGCACUUGGACGAUUGCGUGUUGCGUAUUGUGCAGCAAGAAGACCCGGCUGAGGCUAUCAACGCAAGGCUAUUGGCUGAGGUUGAAAACGACGAGGAGGUGCAUCAGACCCUAGAGCGCAACAGUUUGCCUUCACAGACGCAGUCUAUUCCUUCCUUGGACGAUGAGGACGAGGACGAAGACAUGGAGGAUAACGAGGGCGAUGGCGGGGAUAGCAAGACGCUGGAUCAGCUCAACUCACCGAUGAAGACAAAAACCGCAGCUAUCCAAACAGGACAGCUCAAGUCGCGGGGGUUGACGCAUUCGCGCGUCGGUGUACCUCUGCGCGUUAAAACAAAGGGUCGCAAGAACAAGCAAACGAAGCCCCUCUCGUGGGGUUACGACAGGGGUCUACUAACCAUGAAGAAACGCGUCUUGGGUGUGUUCGAUGGCCCUCGACGGCUUUCCAAAGAUGAUAUGAUGCUCUCGACGGAACACGAAGUCCGCAUCAAGCUCUCGGAUGGCAAGUCAUAUGUUACCGACCUAGACAUGGCAACACUCAGACGUGCGGAAGGGUUCCACAGCGCCACGGAAGAGGAAAAGGGGGUUUGGAUCUCAGACGACCCCACUGAGGAACAGUUCAAAGAAAUGCAGGAGCUGCAAGACGCGCUAACCGGUGGCCAGGGGGUGCAAUGCCCUCUUCCGCGUGGUUCGGCUCCGCAAGAGUCUUGGCAGACGUCCUAAUGUGUUCUACGUAGUACGGACUUGCGAGGAAGCAGGGACUGAUUACCUAUGUUCGCGGGAUGCCCAGUCACUCUACGAAGAAUUGCGCUGCUACCGAAGAAGAGUUCGGAGUUUUGUUUAGCGUUUGCAUUAUAUAGCAUAAUCAUUACACAAUAUGGAAUAUAAAGGCUGUCAG